AUGCUUAGACAUUCGAUUCCGCAGUUCGAUUCCUUUGAGAUUCACGCCAGUCUUUUCACCGAUGUUCAAAAUACGGAAGACCUUCGAGCACAAGUUGCAACUAUGCCUUUUGCAAUGAUCGAUGCCUCGACAAUUUGCAGCUUAGAACAGCUAUUCUGUGCUGUUUACAAGGCUUUGGUGGAAUGUAAAUAUAACCGGCUGAGAACUAAGACCCUGAAUUCCGAGUGCAUAUUGUCAUUGUCCCCAACUUCGAACAUAGCAGAGGCUUUUAAGCGAUUUGGCAUUAAAGAAGACUCCAAGAACAUUGUGUGCUUAGCAGUGACGAACAAGUCAGAAAGCCCAUUUUCAGAGACUGUCUUCAAAGAACAGGUGAAGGGCAAUGAAAUCGAACUCUCAGAUGAGAAUUUGAGUACUACACUCAAUCGAGAGACUAUCAAAAAGGUGCGUAAUAUCAAUUGUAAAUGCAUUGGUUAA